CAUUACAAGGGACAAAUUUUCUUCGACGAAGGAGUGAGCGAUGAAGUGUUUGAGCAGGCCGCAUACCAAGGAAGUGGACACACUCGCACCCAUAACGACGAAGAUGGAAUCUUAGAGCAGGCGAAUACUGGUGGCUAUAGUGCAUUUGCGGAAAUUGAGAAAUUAGGCGAAACGCUCGAUGACGGCCUCCUGUACGUACAGUCGGCUACCCCUCACUGGCACGACCCCAGUCAGUGGUACAAAUGCAGUUUGUACCUCUACGCUGUACCGGGGCGAUAG